UCAUUCUGCCGUGAAGGGGACGUAACCGCGCGUCCUGCGGGAGAAACUCCGAAACUUACGCAUCGCGCUGUCAGUGUCGCGUUUUCUCCCGUUCCAGCGCGUCAUAUAAGCGCUGCUCGGCCGCUUGAGCUCGGGGAGAGCCCCGCGGAAGCGAUCGAUCAUGCCGGUCCGUACCGACUGCUGUCAGGGCUCGCCGCUGGCCUGCUUGGCCUCGGCCUCUCUCGUUCCGCCCCCGCCGAUCAAUACCCAGCAGCCCGGCGUCAACACCUCUCUGCUCUACAGCGGCUCCCAGUUCCGCGGCUACCAGAAGAGCAAAGGAAACUCCUAUGAUGUCGAGGUGGUUCUGCAGCACGUGACCAUGGAGGACUCAUACCUGUGUGGAUACCUCAAGAUCAAAGGUCUGACAGAGGAAUAUCCCACGCUUACUACAUUCUUUGCUGGGGAGAUCAUAAGCAAGAAACGGCCUUUUUUAACCAGGAAAUGGGACGCGGAUGAGGAUGUCGACCGAAAACACUGGGGGAAGUUUCAAGCAUUUUAUCAGUACGCAAAGAGCUUUAAUUCGGAUGAUUUUGACUAUGAAGAACUAAAGAACAGUGACUACGUCUUCAUGCGGUGGAAGGAGCAGUUCCUAGUUCCAGAUCACACAAUCUUUGCGCUCCUUGUUUUGCUAUGCAACCUGAAAAAGCUCAGUUUAUAA